UCGUGCGCCGCGGCCGCCUCCCGCGUUCCAGUUUGCGGGGAGGGAAGCUCCCUGGCACGCGACGGGCCGAGGAGAGGGCGCGGGAGUGGCGCGGGAGUGGCGCGGGCGUGGGGCGGGCCUGUGGCGGGCGGAGGCCGGGGGCGGAGACUGCGCGCCGCCCGCGUGGGAGGGCCUCAAAGCCGACCCUGCAGACUCGCGUCCUCGCGCGCGGCGCCGCAGAGCUCGGGCGGUGCGGACGAGGGCCGGUGAGCCGCUGCGCGCGGGCUGCCCGAGGAAGCGCGUCGCCAGCCGGGCCCUGCGCUCGGCCCCCGGGGCCAGCCGGGGGCGCGGCGGCGCGGCCGGGCGCCGAGCGUGUGUCCUCGCGGCCGCCCGGCGCGGUGCGUCCAUGGGCAGCCCCUGGAACCGCAGCGACGGCGCGGAGGGCGCCCCGCUGCCCUGUGACGAGCGUCUCUGCUCGCCCUUCCCCCUGGGGGCGCUGGUGCCGGUGACCGCCGUGUGCCUCGGUCUGUUCGCCGUCGGGGUGAGCGGCAACGUGGUGACGGUGCUGCUGAUCGGGCGCUACCGGGACAUGCGGACCACCACCAACCUGUACCUGGGCAGCAUGGCCGUGUCCGACCUGCUCAUCCUGCUCGGGCUCCCCUUCGACCUGUACCGCCUCUGGCGCUCGCGGCCCUGGGUGUUCGGGCAGCUGCUCUGCCGCCUCUCGCUCUACGUGGGCGAGGGCUGCACCUACGCCACGCUGCUGCACAUGACGGCGCUCAGCGUCGAGCGCUACCUCGCCAUCUGCCGCCCGCUCCGCGCCCGCGUCCUGGUCACCCGGCGCCGCGUCCGCGCACUCAUCGCGGCGCUCUGGGCCGUGGCGCUGCUCUCCGCAGGGCCCUUCUUCUUUCUGGUGGGCGUCGAGCAAGACCCCGGCAUCGACGCGGUCCCAGACCUUAACGGCAGCGCGCCGUUCACCCCCUCGCCCCGCACCUGGCCGCCGCCGCCGCCGUCCCCGCCGUCGGGGCCCGAGGCCGCGGAGGCCGCGGCCGCCGCGGCGCUGUUCAGUCGCGAGUGCCGGCCGAGCCCGUCUCAGAUGGGCGCGCUGCGCGUCAUGCUGUGGGUCACCACCGCCUACUUCUUCCUGCCCUUUCUGUGCCUCAGCGUCCUCUACGGGCUCAUCGGGCGGGAGCUGUGGAGGAGCCGGGGCCCGCUGCGAGGCCCGGCCGCCUCCGGGCGCGAGAAGGGCCACCGGCAGACGGUCCGCGUCCUGCUGGUGGUGGUUCUGGCAUUUGUAGUUUGCUGGUUGCCUUUUCACGUGGGCAGGAUCAUUUACAUAAAUACAGAAGAUUCUCGGAUGAUGAACUUCUCUCAGUACUUUAACAUUGUAGCUUUGCAACUUUUCUAUCUGAGUGCGUCCAUCAACCCGAUCCUCUACAACCUCAUUUCAAAGAAGUACAGAACAGCGGCCUGGAACCUGCUGCUGGCCAGGCAGUCCAGACAGAGAAGUUUCUGCAGAAGCAGGGACAUGGGGGGGGACACAGGAGGAGAUACUGCUGGCUACACAGAGCAGAGCACCAAAGUACAGACGUCGUCGACCAGCAUGGCCAAGCAAGUGGCUUCCUCCCACAACGCGGGGACUUCAGGGAAAACAGGUCUAUAGGGAAAGAAGGACUGCAAGUGGGCAACUGAUGCCGUUAGGACGAAUUGGGAAGAGUGGUCAGCAUUUUGCAAAUUGAUCGGCAACUUUGUCAGCAUGAUUUUUUUUUUUUUCCUUUUUAAACCAAGCUACGCAAUUUAACCACCUCCCGGCAUACCCCUCAAGGACGUUGAUUUCAGCCUCGGGAAAUCCCACAACACAAAAUGUGCUCUGGGGAGGUUUUCUAAGUUUUCGUUCUGCUAGACUUUGGAAAUAUGAUUGCUCAUUUUCUGGUUAAUAAGUCAUACAGAGAUGCUGUCAUGAGACUUGUCUCCUCUGAGAUCAGGGGUGUAUUUGUAUUUUCAUGUUCUGGAUAUACAUGUAAUGGUGCAUAUACAAGGAGCCCAGGAUAAUUAGAGCUUUUAUUCAAGAAAUUAUUUAAUGCCUACAUAAGGUAGCAGAAUUUUUUAGAAGCAAAUGAAGGGAAUUGUGGGUAAAGGCCAACGUUCAGGGGUCCCACCUCACUCCUGGCUGAGAACAAAUCAUAGAGUUGAGGGACAAUACCGUCUUUUUUUGUUUUUUAAUUUUUUUUUUUUUUAAGACUUUAUUUGCGAGAGAGACAAUGAGAGACAGAGAGCAUGAGAGGGAGGAGGGUCAGAGGGAGAAGCAGACUCCCCGCCCAGCAGGGAGCCCGAUGUGGGACUCGAUUCCGGGACUCCAGGAUCAUGACCUGAGCCGAAGGCUGUCGCUUAACCAACUGAGCCACCCAGGCGCCCGAAUCUGCAGAAUUUCUUUUUUUUUUUUUUAAGAUUUUAUUUAUUUAUUUGAGAGAGAGAGAAUGAGAGAGAGAGAGAGCAUGAGAGGGGGGAGGGGCAGAGGGAGAAGCAGGCUCC